AUGGAGUCGCAAACGAAUUCCGACUAUGAGCUCUUAACAGAGCACCUGGGAUACCCCCCGGUGUCUCUUCUCGACGACAUCAUCAACACCGUCAACGUCCUCGCCGACCGCGCCCUCGACUCCGUAGAACGCCUCCUCCUCUCCAUCCCACCCCAAAACCUAGGAUUCACAGCCUCGAAAUCCACCUCGAAGCCGCAACCGCCCCCCGAGGAUGCCGCCAAGCUGGAGAUCGAGACCGGCACCCACAAGCUCGAGACCCUCGUCACCGCCUCCAUCGACCGCAACUUCGACAAGCUCGAGCUCUACGCCAUGCAGAACAUCCUCACCGUCCAGCCCCGCGAGCUGCACCCCCACGUGCGCCUCGCCCACUACGCCGGGCUCGACUUCCCCGCCGAGGAGGAGGACCCCGCAGCAGCAGCCGCCAGCGACAAGCCCACGCUGGGGAGCGUCACGGCGCUGCGCCGCCGCGUCCAGGCCUCGCAGAAGCUCAACGUCGAGCUGCAGCGCGAGCGCGACCGCAACGACGCCCUCCUGCGCAACCUGCGCGAGGUCCUGGGCGUCGGCCCGGACGGCGUGAAGCGGGAGGAGGACACGGCCGAGGGGGCCGCGCAGCCAAACAGCAGUAGUACCUUUGGGUUCCUGGGCAGGGGGAGGACGGUGCUGUCGUCGAUAGGCUCGAAGACGCCCGUGACGACCACGACGCAGUUCACCCUGUCGCAGCUGCAGUCGCUGCGAGCCGUCUCGCUCUCGCUCAAGUCCCUGCUGCCCGAGCUCGAGGCUGCGCAGGCCGCGGCCGCGGACGACGCGGCGCCCGGGAAGCGUUCGUGGCGCCGUGAGCGUGCCGAGUAUGUCGAGGCAGCGUCGCGGAAGUACCUCGAGAACACGGGCGGGCUGGAGCUGGGCAGCCAGGGAGAGGUGCGGGACGGGGAGUAUCAGGGCCAGGGGCGGAAUCUUAGCAAGGGGGAUGUCGAAGGGUUGGAGAAGGCCGUCGCGAUUUUGAGAAAUAGCGAAGGAAGAAGUACUGAAGCUGGGGAGGAGCCUCGCGAUCCAUCAUGA